AUGGGCUUCAUGGACUCCAUCCGCGCCAAAGUCGAGCUCUACCGCUUGGAGCAGCGCUACGCACGCAGAGACAAGCGCACCACAUUCACAACAGGCGCCCGCUACGUCGACGGCGAAUACAUCUAUACCGAUUCACCGGGGUCUCCCACCGGCAGCACGGGAUCCUGGCAACACAGUGUUUCGUCCAAGCGUGGGCCUGCUGUCAAAGUCAAGGAAUUGAUGGCAAAGACUGUGAGGUGA